AUGACUAAAAACCAGAAUCAUCAUCAUGAUGAUGCAUCAUGGUCAUAUCUUGACCAUGAUGUGCUUUUAUUAGUAAUGAUGCAACUGGGAUUUGUUGAUUUUUUUGCAUUCAGUGGAGUUUGCAAGUCAUGGAGGUCAUUUGCAAUCUCUAACAGGAAAACAUUCAUGGCAUCCAUACCACCCAUGUCCGUAUGUAUCUCUAUGAAGGAUAAUGAGGAUGAGUGUUGCUACUAUCUAAAGGACUUUGAAAGAAGAAAUUUCAAACCCAUCCUUUCUCAUUUAGCUGAGAGGAUCUGUGUUGGAUCAACUUGUGGUUACUUGGUCUUGUUCAGUAGGAAAACCCGCAACUUCUGGCUUGUGAAUCCUAUCACAAGACAUGAACUUCAUUUCCGUAAUUUCCCCCGUGAUAUAAGUGUUGGUUAUCUAGAUAGAAUCAGGACCAUUCUUGUCUUUUCACCUUCGAUACCUAGGUGGGUGUUUGUUAUACUAUAUGAAAAUAUAGUAAUUUAUACCGUGGAUAAAGAAAAAUGGAAUCAUGUCUCCUCCAUUAUCCCCAUCCUUGAUUUACAUUUUUUUAAAGGGAAGAUAUAUACUCUACACACCGAUCGUUCUUUAGGUGAACUUACCCUAAAUUGGAAACAGAAACGCGAACCAAUGUCACUCGAAAUCAAGAAUUUUCUGAAGCCAGACUUGUUGAGACCAGAGCUUGUAAGUUCGAAUGAAAAACUUUAUUUGAUAGAUCGGAUUUCAAAACCGGAAAAGAUUCUGGAACUUGAUUUUGGUGAAAUGAAAUGGGUGUUGCCCGAAAAGACAAUUAGUGAAUAUAUAUUCUUUAUUAGCAUUUUGAAUCCUUCUGCUGCUAUUAAACCAAAGUCAUGGGCUGGACUUCGGACACAAUACAAGAGCUAUGAUCAAUUACUUGAUAAUGAUAAAAGUGGACACUGCAUGUUCUUUUAUAGACGGGUAUGGUACUUCCCCCAUGAUUGUUCGGAUGUUCAUCUCUUAGAUGAACGAUGA